GUAAGCUGUACUAUUGGGGACAUUGAACAAACACAUGCUACCCUAGUGGACUCGUCGAGUUUAGCCGCCGCCGACGAAUUCGACUCCACGACACGGGGCCAGUCGAGGCAAACCAGAUCCCACUCGGGGAAGCAGCCUGAUUGACAAUAGCAGCACCGUUGCCACCAGUCGGUGCGAGCGGCCGGUUGAGUCCAUGUCAUCGAUGGCGUAGCAGAGCUGUCAACCCGCUACGUUCCCUAUCGGACUUAGAACCACCUGUAUGGCUGACGCCCGAUCUAGUGCUGGCUAGUUACUCAGACUGUCCCGUGAUUCAAGCAGGUAGCAGACCGUGCUGGCCUUCUCGGUUGCUCCACACGGAUGACAGCCUUGACCAACACUUUGGCUGGUUGUGAGGGACCUCCUGGCCUGCCUGCGGGUCCCGUUAUUCGUACAGGCCGUUGGGUCGUCGAGCGUAGAGUAACCAUUGGGGCAGGACCCAACCCAGUGCCGAUCCGACCUCAUCGAAUCAAUCUCCUCGUCUCCUCGGUUCCAGGCGCUCCAAGUCCAGCGCCGUCCGAGAGACGGGCUUGGCAGCGCCAGCGCUAUGGCCCGAACCCCCACUUGGCCGGCGGGUUGGGAAGGGAUCAGCUCGUAUCCAAUUUGCAACUCAGCUCCAGGAUUCCACCGCGGCCGAGCACUCCCCUUCCGGCUUGGAUUUGCCCGUCUCCUCAUUCGGUGCGGAUUGAGGUGGCUUCAGGCUUCGUCUCGGGGUUAUUGCGGGAAAAAAAGGCCGACGCCCUAACUCCCAGUCCAUACCCUCCCCCAGGGCAUGUGUGCGGGAGGAUUUCCGCGGUUCCGACUGGGCUUUUCUUUUCUCCCUAGUCGUUGGGUAAGUUGCAAUGUCUUUGGCACGUUCACUGCCAUGAAUCCAAUCCCAACGACCACGAUGGACUGCCGCCGGCAUCCGGGUUAGCGAGGAUUCGUCAGCCAUGAGCCAUCAGGAUCAAUCGUAAUCAAUC